AUGGAAGAGAAGAAACCCGAUGCAGAGUCAACCAAAACGCAAUCCACGCCUUCCUCUUCAACCAACCAAACAAAGAAUGCCCCUAUAAAGCCAAUCUACGCCCUGAAGUUCACAUUGGCAGGGCACACAAAAGCUGUCUCAUUGGUCAAAUUCAGUCCCAAUGGGGAGUGGUUGGCUAAUUCAUCUGCUGACAAGCUUAUUAAAAUUUGGGGCGCAUAUGAUGGCAAAUUUGAAAAAACGAUAUCUGGCCACAAACUGGGAAUUUCUGAUGUCGCUUGGUCCUCUGACUCCAACCUCCUUGUCUCUGCAUCAGAUGACAAAAUGCUCAAAAUCUGGGAUGUGAGCUCGGGAAAAUGCUUAAAGACACUGAAAGGGCACAGCAACUACAUGUUCUGUUGCAACUUCAACCCCCAGUCGAACCUCAUCGUCUCCGGAUCAUUUGACAAAAGCGUGAGGAUAUGGGACGUCAAGACGAGGAAGUGCCUAAAAAUCCUACGAGCUCAUUCUGACCCAGUUUCAGCUAUGCACCUCAAUCACGACGGCUCUCUGAUCGUGUCCAGCAGCUACGGUGGCCUUUGUCAAAUCUGGGAUACUGCCUCAGGCCAGUGUUUGAAAACACUGAUUGACAAUGAAAAUCCGCCGGUGCCCUUUGUGAAGUUCUCUCCCAACGGAAAAUACAUCUUAGCUGCAACUUUGGAUAACACUCUCAAACUUUGGGACUACAGCAAAGGAAAGUGCCUAAAGAACUACACAUGCCACAGGAAUGAAAAGUACUGCAUCUUUGCCAAUUUAUCCGUUACUGGUGGAAAGUGGAUCGUGUCUGGUUCCGAGGACAACCUGGUUUACAUUUGGAACCUGCAAACGAAAGAGAUUGUACAGAAGCUGCAAGGACACACAGAUGUGGUGAUCAUGACCGCCUGCCACCCCAGGGACAACAUCAUCACCUCCGCGGUCCUAUAA